GUGGUCACGCAUGUGAUCUGUAAGAAUAUCUAGAUAUACCAUUCGCAUUGUACAGGAAACUUAAGUGACUCUUCCUGUUGGACUUUAUUAAAUUGAUAAAGAAUUUUCGAUUUUCAGACAGCAGCAUUGAGAUUAUAAUUAUAGAUUACAAACGUUUUUUAACCUACCGUAACAGCAGCUGCAUUAACAUAACAGUCUGUUACAUCAGCUAUUGUUCCAACAGAGCCUAGCAAUACACCAUCUGUGUCAAAAGUUGCAUCAACGCAGCCGAGCGCCAAACCAAGAAAAACAAAUCUACGCAUUUGCUGUACCUAACAGAAGACAGAAUGAGUCAAAUGUAUUUGGAUGGCUUGAGUGAAUUGAAAGAGACUCCAUGGAGAAACACAUGCGACUGGAACAACUUGUCCGAGACCUUGCCUCAGCUUAAAGAUGAACUUGAGAAUUAUGAGCCAUUGGGAGAUCUGCUAAUAGGCAAAAACGUACACUUUCCUAAAGUCAAUAUUCUGCUGUUUGGUGGGAUAGGUGCCGGAAAAUCAAGCGUUUUCAACACCAUCAAUUCUGUAUUCCGAGAAAAGAUUUUUAAUGUAGCAAGAAGUGGUUGUACUGAGCACAGUCUCACAACAAAGUUUACGAAAUAUCCAGUGAUGUCUGGAAGCAGCACAGAACCUAUGCCGCUGAAGUUCCGAAUAUGUGAUAUCAGAGGUUUGGAACCAGAACAUCUGAUGACAAAGGAAAAUAUGCGCUACGUUCUAGAAGGCAGUAUUGAAGACAGAUUUCCAUUUGAUCCAAGUGGAAGUAUCUCGGCUGACAUGCCUGGAUUUAAAAAACACCCAGACCUUGACGAGAAGAUUCACUGCGUUGCUCUUGUUCAAGAUGCAUCUAUGGUUGAUACCCUGCAAGACCUGAGUCUAAAAGUCACUACGAAUAUUAAGGAAAUGCAGACGGUUAUGAACAGUUUGGAUAUACCCCAAGUAGUUAUAAUGAGUAAGAUUGACAGCAUCUGUGAGGAGACGAAACAGGACGCAGCAAACGCCUUCAGGAGUCCAAAAGUGGAGAAAUGCGUGGCUAAGGUGUCGGAGGUUCUUGGACUCCCAAGAAACAUGGUGUUUCCAAUGAAGAACUAUGAAAAUGAAUACCAACUUGACCCUAGCGUCGACACCAUGGCUCUUCUUACUCUUAAAGGCAUACUGAACAACUGUGACGCCCACCUCUUCAACCACUAUGAUGAGAUUGUAAAAAAGUACACAGUGACCCAGAUGUCACUACGUGAAAAUUGGAAUUUACUUCUAAAUUAAAUUUUCUUACAGUUCAUGUGUAAAAUGUUAUUCCAAUUUACUAAAAUUAAACUUUAAGUUACCCUUUUUUAAGUACAUUUCAAAUGCAGGUAAAUUUCUUACAACGUAAAUUCUAGUAAAGUUUAUAUUAAAGUUAAAUGAAUUAGUUUCUUCUAUUUGUUUACAUAGGCUACAGUUUCAUCUGUUGCGUUUAUAAACUCCGUUGUUUCUCUGUAUAUUGAUUUCAGAAAGUUUUGCUCUAUUUCAUAUUUUCGUCAAGUUUGGUGGUUGUCUUUUGCUCCUAAUGCUAGUAUUGCUUCUAAAUAAUUCGUUCAUAGUUGAAUCACUCUCUAAAUUUGAUAAUUAUGUUAUUUGUAAGAACGUUACACAUAUCUUUAUUAUUUGGGUUAAACAUAGAUACAUAGGGUGUAAUUUCAUUGGAAUCUGUUUCAACUGGUAUGAGAAUAGUCUCUCUUGUUAAACUGUUAGCUAAUUCGAUUCCCUUUUUUUUAUUGUUGUUCUUUGGGAAGUUUCGCUUCAUUAAUGAAACAUUUAGAAACAUUUAGUUCUUCAAGUCUUUGAGCUUUAAGGUUGGUGCUAAUUAGUGUGGGUACUGUUAUAUUAUUCCUAAGAGCCUGAAGAAAUCACU